CUUCAGCAAAAGCCCUUGUCAGUUUAAAAGAGGGAAGCUUAUCUAACACAUGGAAUGAAAAGUACAGCUCUUUACAAAAAACCCCUGUCUGGAAAGGCAGGAAUACUGGCCCUGCUGUGGAAAUGCCUUUCAGAAAUUCAAAACGAAGUAGACUCUUUUCUGAGGAAGAUGACAGACAAAUAAAUACAAGGUCACCUAAAAGAAACCAGAGAGUUGCAAUGGUUCCACAGAGUACUGCUCAGCUCCGGUUUAUGGUGGUGCAGGGGACUGAACCUGGGACUUUGGAGCCUAAGAAAUUUACAGCAACAAUGUCAACACCAGAUAAGAAAGCCUCCCAGAAGAUUGGUUUUCGAUUACGUAACCUUCUCAAACUUCCCAAAGCACAUAAAUGGUGCAUAUAUGAGUGGUUCUACUCAAAUAUAGAUAAGCCACUUUUUGAAGGUGAUAAUGACUUCUGUGUGUGUCUGAAGGAGUCUUUUCCUAAUUUGAAAACAAGAAAGUUAACAAGAGUAGAAUGGGGAAAAAUCAGGCGGCUUAUGGGAAAGCCACGGAGAUGUUCUUCUGCAUUUUUUGAAGAAGAGAGAUCAGCAUUAAAACAGAAGAGGCAGAAAAUAAGACUCUUACAGCAAAGGAAAGUUGCAGAUCUCUCACAAUUCAAAGACCUCCCAGAUGAGAUUCUUUUGCCCCUGGUUAUUGGAACCAAAGUUACAGCACGAUUACGUGGUGUUCAUGAUGGUCUGUUCACUGGGCAAAUAGAUGCUGUGGACACUCUUAACGCUACCUAUAGAGUAACUUUUGACAGGACAGGGCUUGGAACACAUACCAUCCCUGACUAUGAAGUUCUUAGUAAUGAGCCUCAUGAGACGAUGCCAAUUGCUGCCUUUGGACAAAAACAGUGGCCUUCUCGAUUUUUUAUGACUCCACCACGGUUACAUUAUACCACUCCUCUGCAGUCACCAAUUACAGAUAACGAUCCUUUAUUAGGAUCCUUAUUAGGACCUUGGAGAAGUAAAAUUCCCAGUUCUGAAACUGAAACAUUAGGUGGUUUUCCAGUAGAAUUCCUUAUCCAAGUGACUAAAUUAUCAAAAAUUCUGAUGAUUAAAAAGGAGCAUAUCAAGAAAUUAAGGGAAAUGAAUACAGAAGCAGAAAAAUUGAAAUCAUAUUCCAUGCCUAUCGGCAUUGAGUUUCAACGGAGAUAUGCAACGAUUGUCCUAGAGCUCGAACAGCUAAAUAAGGACCUAAACAAGGUUUUGCAUAAAGUUCAACAGUACUGCUAUGAGCUUGCUCCAGACCAAGGACUCCAGCCAGCAGACCAGCCAACAGAUAUGAGACGAAGGUGUGAGGAAGAGGCACAAGAAAUUGUUCGGCAUGCAAAUUCGUCAACAGGGCAGCCGUGUGUUGAAAAUAAAAAUCUCACAGACUUAAUCUCCAGGCUCACAGCUAUUUUACUACAAAUUAAGUGUCUUGCAGAAGGAGGCGACCUGAAUUCUUUCGAAUUCAAAUCACUUACAGAUUCAUUAAAUGAUAUCAAGAGUACAAUAGAUGCCUCUAAUAUCAGUUGCUUUCAGAAUAACGUAGAAAUUCAUGUUGCACAUAUUCAAAGUGGCCUGAGCCAGAUGGGAAAUUUACACGCCUUUGCAGCAAAUAAUACCAACAGAGACUGAAUAGAAGAUUGCAGAGGACAGUGUUUUUGAGAAGUUCUUUUCUUUCAUCUAGGCUUCCAACACCAAAUAACCCAACUGCUGGAAAACAAGGGAAUUUAAAUCUCUGUAUAAGGCAUUUUAAUAGACUGUACUGCUUCUUAAACCAGCAUUGCUAACCAGCAUUGUAUUUAUUUUUCUUUUAUUAUUCAGCUGCAGUAGCAUUGCUUUUUAUCACUUAAGUUUACUAGCAAGUAUUUUUACACUGAAACUGGCUGUACAUAAAAUAAUUUUAUGGAAGACUGUGUUGGCCAUAUUUUAAUGUGCAUGAGUUCCAUCUAACAGACCACUAG